AUGUCCAAUUUAAAUGAUGAACCAGGAACUGCAGCGUCUGAUAAUGAUAAUAGAGCGGCAGUGCCAGUUGCUAGUCGUCGUAUGAGUCUUGCGGCUGAUCUUAUGAUGCACAUAGAACGUAGAGCAGCUGAAGGUUCAGCCAUGUUUCGAAGCAACGUGCACAAUGUAGUUGAAGAACUACGACCAAUAAUUACAGUGGCACGACAUCCUGAUCCUGGGUCACCACAACCACUUGGUCCCAGUUCAUCUGUACGCCUGAGUUUACCUACUUGGUUGAAUUUGAAUACCAAUAAUGCUCACCUACCUUUAUCUCCACCCAGUCUGACAGAAACAGAAGACCAAAACUUCAUAACCACAGGAGAGGUUAGACCGAUUGCAACAACUCCAGUAUCACAAAGACUGCCUUUAACUACUCAAAGAUCACUUACUGAACCAAAUAACGAUGUAGCAAUAGAUAUGAAUUUUUCAAAUUCAGAUUUAAAUGUAGAACAGUUGCCUCAAAGUCCAGGAGGAUCUUCACUUAAUGGAUCUAAUAAUAAUAACAAUGAAAACCAAAGCGAAGACGAUGUUCUUCGGCACAACCCAGAAAUCGCUCAAAUGCUGAGUGUAGCUCUUAAAUACAUUCCAUUCUUAUUGAUACUUUUAUCAAAAGCUGUAUUCGACCAUAUUCCAGGUUCGACUAACGAACGUGCUUGUAUGUAUCUUGUGAUUUCAGCCAUUCUACUCUUUUUGGUGCUCUUUAUUUCAUUUCGUUAUUUCAACAAUGUGGUUAAGCGUGAGGUGGCCAAACAAUCACAGCGCAGUAUUGGCUUUUUACUGUUUGCUAUUUGUCAUAUGGCCAUGUCUGUAUUUCUAUUCUACUUCUUUUACAAUGACAUGAACUUACAUUUUGGAUUGAUAUUUAUUCCUCCAUUCACACAAUCUUUGACAAUUAGCAAUCUAUUAUGGUCAAUAGCAGUUGAUGAUUACAUUUUAAAAUUAAUAACAAUCAUUUUUAAAAUAAUAAUUAUCAUGAUGCCAAUUAAGAUUUUACCAAUUAUUAAACGAGGAAAAGUGUACUUGUUCAUUGAAGCUACAUCUCAAUUAUACCGGUGUUGUGUGCCUAUUCAACCAUGGUUGUAUUACAUGUUAGAAUCUUAUCAGGGUCCGAAAAAGGUUAUUGGUGUCUUUUUAUCUGCUGCUUACAUGGUGUCAAAAGGUACUGAUUUAAUGGGUUGUGUGAAACUGUGGUGGACGGCCUCAUACAAAUUACUUCAGAAUGUUGCAUUAGGUACAGCGCCGAGUAAAGAACAGCUGACAAUAGCUGGCAACAAUUGUCCAAUAUGUCAUGACGAGUAUGCUACACCUGUUUUGUUGCAAUGCCAACACAUAUUCUGCGAAGCUUGUGUGGCCAAGUGGUUUGAUCGUGAACAAACAUGUCCACUGUGUCGAGCAAAACUCGUUGAUGACCCUGCGUGGCGAGACGGUUCUACGACUAAUUUUAUACAACUCUUUUAACAUUUAAAUGCGAUACCCUAUAACCAAUUAAACCGCUUUUUAUGUUAUUUCUCCUCUUGUUAAUUGUUUUUAUAAUUAAUUUUCUCAAUAUCUACCAAUUAUUUAUACUUUAUAGGAAAUAUUUUAGUCAUUAAACUUUUCUACUUUAUUUUAUUUUUAACGCAUAAAAAUAUUUGUCUGUGAUAGAUGUCCAUUAUGAUUUAAAGAUGUAAUUAUUUAAAUGUGUAUUUGUUGUUAAGCUAUUUAAAUAUCAUUAUAGAAAUGUUUGUUAAUUUUAUCGACUAAUUAUAGUUAUAAUUAUGUUUGAAAAUGUGAAACAUUUGUGGUGGUUAGACAAUGAUUUACCAAUUUAUAAUAUGUGUAUAAUAUUGUGUAUUUUUUGUUUUUGUGGUAUGAGCUUGUUGCAAAAUAAUAUGCUUCAGAAACUUAAAAAACUUUAAAACAUAUAGUAU